AGGACCGGGCUGUGGAGAGUGAAGAUGGUGCUGCUGGCGGUGGCAUCGUGCCCUCGCAGGCUGGCCAGGCGCUCCCGCUCGGCGAUAGCGGCGGCUCUCACCGUGCUGCUCAUCCAGACCCUCAUCGUGUGGAAUUUCAGCAGCCUGGACUCCGGGGACGAGCAGCGGGGCGGAGGCGGCAGCCGGGAGAAGAGGGACCGGGGCAGCCACCGAGAUGAGCCCCGGCUAGGACACGAGCAGCAGCGCCGCAGAGGAGCAGCACUGCACAACCAAGCGCUGGAUGGAUAUUUUUCUCACCGCCCGAAAGAGAAAAUGCGGACCGACAGCAAUAAUGAGAAUUCAGUUCCAAAAGACUUUGAAAAUAUUGAUAACAGUAACUUUGCUCCAAGGACUCAAAGGCAUAAGCACCAGACGGAGCAGGGGAAGAAGCCUCCAAGCAGGCAGAAGGAGCAUUUAAAACGAAAGUUAGCCCUUGAGGAAAAAAUGAAAGAAAACUCGCUGCUAGAAAAAAAUUCAAAUGAAGUUUUACAUUAUGUAGGUGACCCUUCCAAGAACCUCACUUCAGCAAACUUAAAGGAUGGUUAUAGAAGCACCAAGAUGCACCAUACCAAGAAGACUGGAAACAGCUCCCCUGAAAUAAAGUAUGAGCUACCUCCAAAAUGUGAGAUCACUGGAAAGGAGGCAAUAUCAGCUCUUUCUCGGUCUAAGUCAAAACAGUGUCGCCAAGAAAUUGCUGAGGUCUAUUGUCAACAUAAGCAAGGGAAGCUGAUGCCGGAGAAAGUGACCAGACUUUGUCCGCUGGAAGGGAAGGCCAACAAUAACGUCCAAUGGGAUGAGGACUCCUUGGAGUACAUGACCGCCAAUCCAGUGAGGAUAGCCUUUGUCUUGGUUGUUCACGGAAGAGCCUCUCGACAACUCCAGAGGAUGUUUAAGGCAAUUUAUCACAAGGACCAUUACUACUACAUUCAUUGUGACAAGAGAUCCAAUUAUCUACACAGACAAGUAGUCCAGUUUGCAAGUCAGUACCCCAAUGUCCGUGUCACCUCGUGGAGAAUGGCAACCAUAUGGGGAGGAGCAAGUCUGUUAUCUACGUACCUGCAAAGCAUGAGGGAUCUCAUGGAGAUGUCAGACUGGUCAUGGGACUUUUUCAUCAAUCUUAGUGCUGCUGAUUAUCCAGUCAGGACAAAUGACCAGUUGGUGGCAUUUCUCUCAAGAUACAGAGAUAUGAACUUCUUGAAGUCACAUGGGAGAGACAAUGCAAGAUUUAUCAGAAAGCAAGGUCUGGACAGGUUGUUCCUGGAAUGCGACACCCACAUGUGGCGUCUCGGAGACAGGAAGAUCCCAGAAGGCAUCACUGUAGAUGGUGGCUCGGACUGGUUUCUCUUGAAUAGGAAAUUUGUGGAAUAUGUGACCUUUUCCAAUGAUGAUCUGGUUACAAAGAUGAAGCGAUUCUAUUCCUACACGCUGCUUCCAGCCGAGUCCUUCUUUCAUACCGUUUUGGAAAACAGCCCUUUUUGUGACACCAUGGUUGAUAAUAAUUUGCGAAUCACUAACUGGAAUAGAAAACUAGGCUGCAAAUGUCAAUAUAAACACAUUGUUGACUGGUGUGGCUGCUCUCCAAAUGACUUCAAGCCCUCUGACUUCCACCGAUUUCAGCAAACAGCAAGACCAACUUUCUUUGCUCGUAAAUUCGAAGCUGCAGUGAACCAAGAAAUAAUUGGGCAGUUGGACUACUAUCUGUAUGGUAACUACCCAUCCGGUACACCAGGCCUGAGAUCAUACUGGGAGAAUUUGUAUGACGAACCAGACGGCAUCCACAGUAUUAGUGACGUUAUGUUGACCAUGUUCCAUUCAUUCUCCCGCAUGGGUCUCAAAAGAGCUGAGGGAUCUCUGCACACUGAUGGAGAGAACGCUUGCCGGUACUAUCCCAUGGGCCAUCCAGUGUCAGUCCAUCUUUAUUUUCUCGCUGACCGCUUCCAGGGUUUCCUUAUUAAACAUCAUGCCACUAAUCUCGCAGUCAGUAAACUGGAGACAUUGGAGACCUGGGUGAUGCCAAAGAAAGUUUUUAAGAUUGCCAAUCCUACGAGUGAUUUCGGGAGACUGCAGUUUUCUGAGGCGGGAACCGAAUGGGACGCCAAAGAAAGAAUAUUCCGGAAUUUUGGUGGCAUUAUGGGGCCUAUGGAUGAGCCAAUUGCAAUGCAGAAAUGGGGAAAGGGGCCCAACAUAACAGUUACUGUCGUUUGGAUUGACCCCGUAAACGUCAUUGCUGCUACAUAUGAUAUUCUUAUUGAAUCCACUGCGGAAUUCACUCAUUACAAGCCUCCUCUGAACCUGCCUCUCAGGCCUGGCAUCUGGACUAUUCGGGUUCUCCAUCACUGGGUUCCUGUAGCCGAAACUAGAUUUCUCAUAAGUCCGCUUACUUUUUCCAACCGGCAACCCAUUAAAAGUGAUGAUGUGGCCAAGUUUCAUGGAGGACCUUCAAAAAAUGCAUACAUGGAGCAGAGUUUCCAAGGCUUGAAUCCAGUAUUGAACAUACCAAUAAACUCAAAUCAAGUGGAACAAGCCAAGAAGAAUGCAGCACUUAUAGGGUCAAAACUGGAAAGUUGGGUUGACAGUUUAGUUACAAACAUGUGGUCAGCAGUAGACAUCUGUACAACAGGACCGUCCUCAUGUCCAGUCAUGCAGUCAUGUUCUCAGACAGCCUGGAGUUCACUUAGCCCUGACCCUAAAUCGGAACUUGGACUUCUCAAACAUGAUGGGCGUUUGAGGUAGCAUCUGGCGAACCCUUCAAUGGCAUGGGAUUUAAAAGGGAAAUUGACCAAUGUUAAGAAGAAUAGAUUCAAUUUAUAGGGUUUUCUGCUUUUCAAAGGAGUCACCUACAGGUGUUGAGAAGUCCUUUCUGCUCUCCGUUGUAGGCUUUAUGGUCAGACUGGCAUUGAUAGCACUUCCCUACAAUUGGCAGAGCACCAACAGCAGACACUCACCAAGGGCUCGAAUGCGCAAAUAUUUCCCUUGUAAUUGAGUCAUCGAAAGCCCCGUUCUCCCUUUGCACAAUUACCUUCUAUUUUUCUACCUUCAUGUAUUUUUUUUGUGUUUGUCAGUGUUAAUUAGCAGUGUUCUGGAAAAAAAAGGAAUAUGUCAGAUGUAAAGUCAAGAACGUGGCUAUUUCAUUACAUUGUGAGAAAUUAUAGCAAAAGGUGGCCUUUUAAUGACUCAUGUGUUGCCAAAGAAGUCCCAAAUGGCAUUGCAGACAACUCUGGCAGCCAAAGGGUUAUAGGAUGGAAACUUUUAAAGAUUUUAAGCAGUAUGCAUUGCACAUGUGCACCAUGUGCCAGUUAUUCAAGGUCCAGUUGAAUUAAAACUCUCUAACUGGUUGGCAUUGCUACCACA